UAGUGGCGGCGGUCGUGGCUGCGGCCGCGGGAAGUGAAUGGUUUUACCCAGAGGGCCCUGCGCCACCUUUCUCCGCUGGCACCGGCGCGGCUGCCAGCUCCUCCUUGCCGGCCAUGGCGUUCACGUUCGCGGCCUUCUGCUACAUGCUGGCGCUGCUGCUUACCGCCGCGCUCAUCUUCUUCGCCAUCUGGCACAUUAUAGCAUUUGAUGAGCUGAAGACUGAUUACAAGAAUCCUAUAGACCAGUGUAAUACCCUGAAUCCUCUUGUACUUCCAGAGUACCUCAUCCAUGCUUUCUUCUGUGUCAUGUUUCUUUGUGCAGCAGAGUGGCUUACACUGGGUCUCAAUAUGCCCCUCUUGGCAUAUCAUAUUUGGAGGUACAUGAGCAGACCAGUGAUGAGUGGACCGGGACUCUAUGACCCUACAACCAUCAUGAAUGCAGAUAUUCUAGCAUACUGUCAGAAAGAAGGAUGGUGCAAGUUAGCUUUUUACCUUCUAGCAUUUUUUUACUACCUGUAUGGCAUGAUCUAUGUUUUGGUGAGCUCUUAGAACAACACACAGAAGAACUGGUGCAGUUAAGUGCAUGCAACAGCCACCAAAUGAGGGGAUUCUAUCCAGCAAGAUCCUGUUUCCAAGAGUAGCCUAUGGAAUCUGAUCAGUUACUUUAAAAAAUGACUCCUUAUUUUUUAAAUGUUUCCACAUUUUUUGCUUGUGGAAAGACUGUUUUCAUAUGUUAUACUUGGAUAAAGAAUUUAAAUGGAAUUAUGUAUAAAUUAAUAUAAAAUGAUUACCUUUGGUGUUGACAGGUUUGAACUUGCACUCCUUAAGGAACAGCCAUAAUCCUCCAAAUGAUUGCAUUAAUUACUGACUGUCCUUAGUCCAUUGGAAGCUUUUGUUUAUAGGAGCUUGUAGGGCCCAUUUUGGUUUUAUUGAAAUGCCAUCUAAUUAUAAAUUAGCUAUAGAUAUCAGGUGCUUCUGAUGAAUUGAAAAUAUGUAUCUGACUUGUGGGAAACUUUAUAGGUUUCCUCAUUUAUCAUGUAGAUGAUUAUAUAUGGAUACAUUUACAAAAAUAAGAAGAGUGGGAUUUUUUUUCCCUUCAACUUGAAUAUUAUCCCUGUAUAUUGCAUGAAUGAAAGAUUUCCCAUAUCUCCAUCAGAGUAAUAGACUUGCUUUAAUUCUUAAGCAUAAGUGAAUGUGAUAUAAAAAUAUAUACUGAAUUACUUGUGAAGAAUGCAUUUAAAGCUAUUUUAAAUGUGUUUUUAUUUGUAAGACAUUACUUAUUAAGAAAUUGGUUAUAUUAUGCUCUGUUUUAAUCUGGUGGUAAAGGUAUUCUUAAGAAUUUGCAAGUACUUAUAGAUUUUCAAAACUGAAUGAGAGAGAAAAUUGUAUAACCAUCCUGCUGUUCCUUUAGUGCAAUAUAAUAAAACUCUGAAAUUAAGACUCAUUUUCAGUGCAUUGUUUUAAAGAUUACAAAUAGCUAUUCCUCAUACUUGCUAGAUCCAUAAUAGAGACAUAUGAUUAUCAUUUAGAAACAAAAGAAUAUUACAUUGUAGUUUUUCUAAAAAUACCAUUCCCAGAUGUAACAAGGAAGAUUUUUAAAUGGCCAAGCCAAAGCCAUGUUAUCUUCUGUUGUCAUUUGAAAAGAUUCCUAACUAUUGAUGGUGUAGCAUCAUCCUUUCUCUUGCCAAUUAAAAAAAAUUAUUGUAGCACUUAAAAUGUUUUAAGUUUUGUUUUCCUUUUCGAAAUGGUUCAUUUUAAGGUAAAAUGACAUGUAAAUUUGAGUUUUUGCUUCUUUGUUCAUGAAGAAGGUAAAUUAUGGCUACUGUGCUUUUAUAAGCAUUCUUGUGAUUUAUUUGGGAUGAGAAAGUUGAAGCAGUGGAAAAUAAUGUAAGUGGUUCAGAAGUUUCUUGAGCAAAGGAUCAAAGGAAGAUAACCAAUAUAUAGAAAUUCCCAGAAUGACCAAGGGAGUUUAUGGAAUUGUGUGGAAGUUUGAUUCUAAGAACUUCUUGUAUUAGUUGCUAUUUAUUCUCUACAAGUGGAAAAAUGCUUGGAAAUAAUGCUUCUUCACUUUUGUGAAAGUAACAACAUUUUGGGAUUAGGUAAUUGGGGUGAGUACAGUGAAGAAGAGAAUGUAGAACCAGAAGGGUGAGGAGAGUCAAACCAUUUCAUAACAAGGAAAGCAUUAAUGAUCUUUUAAUUUAUAAUCUGGAGAACACCUAAAGGGACUUUUUCAAUUUGUGCAGUAAAUUAUUAUUGAGCAUGUGCUAGACACAGAAGAUUUCAUGCAGUCGUUAGUUUCUAAUCCAUUUGAUUGUAUCAGCCUCCACACUUCAUUUUCCUUUUUUUUUUUUCCCUCCCAUAGUACUUUUGAUUAUGGGAGACCUGACCAAGUCUACAAUACAGAUAGAUUUCCUGGAACUGUAAUUUUAAUAUUCCUGUCAAAGUGUUUUCAUGAACCCGUGCUUUCUUAGCAAAUACUACUUUGUUUUGUAAGUUUUAGCACACAUCCUUAUAAUAAUCUAUAAAUCUUCUCCAGGAUUAAUGCAAAACUUCUUGUUUGGAAGCCAUAUUUUCAUGCUGUGAAAAUUCAAUAUAGUCCUCAUCUGAUUACUCAAAGAUCUCCACAGUGAGGUUCAUCCAUUUUACUGGUAGAUUGUUAGUGCCUAGGUAAGUCAGUGAUUAGAAGAUUGAGUACCUGGAUGCUCUAAUAAUAUCUUUCCACUUUUGCCUUUUCAGUGUUUUGUAAAAGCAGAAAAAAUACUUAUGUCUGACAGUAUUUUAUUGGCUCAUUUCCUUGCUCUGAAUUGGAUUUGCUCUCUUCUCUGUUUGGGAGGGCCCUAGCCUUAUUUCUGUUGUUUCUGUAGUUUCAGCUGAGGCAUAGUUAGCCUGGAUUUGUAAUCUUUCCAGUUUACAUAAAAUGCUUACUCUUUUAAUUUUUUCCUUGUUACAAUUACUUUUGAUAUUAUAUGCUUCAUUUUAUCUUUUUGAGCUUUGUAGCUCUCACAAAGCAUUUUCCCCAUUUGCACUAUUUUAUUGCAUCUAGUAUAACUACAUUUAUAGCUAUUACCAACACCUCUUUGUUGCUAUGGAUACUACAGAUUCUCCUGAAAGGGUUAUAAAUGUAGUCUGUUUAGCAGUUAUUCUGUUGAGUAAUACUAUAUUAUGGUAAUAGGUCACUUUAGUACCGAGUAGAUGUAGGGGUAGAACUAUUGAAUACCUGUAUCUAAAUGCUAUUAAUGACAUUUGAUGGUUUUCACAAUGCUUAACUGAUCCCCCUCACUCCUCAUUGCAGGGUAAAGGAGAGUUUUGCCCCAGGCCAUAGACAGACUGCUAAUGAGAAGUUUGAGUUAUUUUUAAUGGGAAGGGAAAGUAAUCGGAAAUGACCAGACAAAUCUCUCUUAAAUUAUAUUUGAGUACUAGUAAAACAUUUGUGAUAAUGAUCUCUUCUCAGGCAACAAAGUACAGGGUGGUUUGCUGCAUGAUCCUGUUUGAAAGUUUGUUUUGUGUUUUUCAACUUGAGGACCAUUUAUGCUAAUAGCUUACAGAGCUCUUCUCUGUUCCCUAAAUCCACAUACUUUGAAGGUAUGUCUAAUACUUGCAUAGAAAGGAAAUAAAACUAUGUGGCAAAUACUUCUCUUUGUAUAACAUUUCUCUAAUUAUAUAUUUAUGAGUAGUGAGUGUUCAUGGAAUAUCAUUGCCAUGGAGUAACUAAUGACAUCUGCGUAUCUUUUUCUACCCUGCAUGGGUGAGCUUUUGUUAAAGGUGUGAAUAUAUCACAACACUAUGAUAUAUGAAGCCCAUUCAAAUAAUGAUUUAUAUUAAAAGGUAUACAUCCAAUUAUAUCAUUUAACCUCCACAAGUAUCUUUUAUUAAUCGGUUGUAUAAUUGUAAGUCAGAAAUUUUGAUGACAAAUAUUUGAAAACAAUUUCCCUCAUUUUGGAGAGGAAAGAAAAAUAUUGGUACCUUGUCUAGCAUUGUUCAUAGAAGUACUCAUGUUCAUCCUUUCUGAAAACUAUUUAUUGAUAGUCUCAUAAUUUUAAGUUCUUCUGCUCAAACCCAUCAAAGUCUGUGGUACUAGUAAUAUAACUUAGGAGAUGGCUCUGAACUAAUACCUCAGAGUGAUGACAAAAGAAAAAAACGUGGUUCUAUUUCUAGAUAUAUUGACUAUAUUUCUUACAGCAAUUUUACUUUGACUAACAUUCAGAGUUCUAAAGAUAAGUGUCUAAAAGAAGUAAAAAACUUCUUGUUUUGGAAAACAGUAUUAACCACGUAAGGAUAUCAAUUAGUAGGGUUGGAGUGAGGGUUUUGUUCUGCAUUAAUUUUCUUAGUGCACAUUGUAAAAAAGAUGGAAGACAUCUUGACUUGUAAAGGAAUGAAUUGCAUCUCUCAUGUUGAUUAUAUUGUACAAUGCUUUUUCUAAAUAUUAAAAUUUCUUUGGUUAUCAUGUUUAUGUAUUCUGGAGAAGUUUCUUAAAUGGAUUAUUAUAUAAACCCUAAAACUACUAAGAGAAACAUUAAAUGUGAUUAGCUAUCUCUACUCAUGAUUUGUUAAAAUCUUAAGCUUGGUGGUGCUGUAUCACUGUCCAAAGAAAAUACUCUUAAGUAGCCCUACUUUACUCCUUAGAGCUGGUUAUUUUGCUUUUGUACAUUUAAUAAAAACAGUCUCAAAUAUUUCUUUGUGUAAUUUAUGGAUAAUGAUUGAAUCUGUUGUGUCCACCUCUCCCACCCAUUGUUUGGGGGGACACAGUUCAGGCAGAGAAAAUACUUCUCCUAGAAUACUGGAAUUACAUGUUAUUAAAUUUAUCUGGACAAUUUUAUUUCAGAAUAGUGUCAUGCCAUGUUUCUUUGUUGUGGAAUAAUUAGAUGUUUUCUUGUAUACUUGGCUUUGAAAUAGUUUAAUCAAGCAUUUUGAAUAUAGAAGGCUUAAUAUGCAGUUAUGGAAAUUGA